AUGUCCACAUCUCCCAUGGUAACAAGCGGUGACCAAUGGUCGAAACCAGCAACAACAAACACUCCAGCAACAACCGUAAAAACAAACAACACCUUAUUAGCAGAAGGCACUGAUCAGCAGAACAUGGAAAACUUGCCAUCUGCAUCCACAACUGCCUCAACAGGAGACACCAAUGCACAGGCCGCCUCAACCAGCAUGACAGAACCUAAGAACCCUACUGAACCUACUGAACCUCCAACCACACAAGCAGAGGAGAUUCUCACACAAAACGUUUCAGAAGUUCGUUUUGAGCAAAUCUCAACAGCAGCAACAACAACAACAACAGCAGACACGAGCAAGACACAAGAACCUUCUGCAAUGACCUUUGAAGAUGUAACCUCCAAUACAAGCACAGGAGAGCCCAGUGAAGAGCAUCCACCCAUCAUUACCGAAGAAACCACCUCUCCAGUCACAGCUACAGGAGGUGGAACCGAAGAGGUGGCAAAACAACGUGUAGAAACAACAACCAUGAUGGCACCAUCUCACCAACCUGCCCAUACCACAACGGCAAGUGUAACUGUCAUGAGUGGUGAUGAGAAUACUGAUGAUCCACUCCGAGCCAAUUACCUCAAUAAGAGUUUCUACCAUUUGAAAGAUGUCGAUGAGGAAACUCUGAAUAGCUAUUGCAAAUACUUUGGAGAGAAUGUCGAGGGUCUCACCUCCAAGUACAGAAAGCUCGCUCGUCUCAUCUCCCACUAUCCAAACUUUGUACGGCGAGGCAUGGAACGUUUCACCUUAGAUAACUUGAAGGAAAUGUGCCAAGAGUUGAAUUUAUCAACGGAAGGAAAGAAGAGUAUUCUUAUUGAUCAUCUCUUUGAUUACUACAUGAAUAUCCAUAAAGGAGACUCACUCGAAAUGAUGGUCACGAACGAGGCUGGUACAACAACAACAGCAAAGGGUGAAGUGUCCACCGCCACCACCACCUCUCCACAAACAAUGAGGAAAUCCACUCGACACAGAAAGACGAGUCCAAAACUAGGUGAAGAGAAGGAGGCAGCAGAGGAAGAGGCAGCAGGACCUACAAGAACACGUGCUGCUCCAAGAAAAGCAAGAACUCAACGAGGAAAGACUAAAAAAGCCAUGGAGGAAGAGGAAGAAGAAGAAGAAGGAGCAGCAGCCGAAGAGGAAGAAGAAUCUGCUCAUGGACCCAGUGGUACCUCAACGAAGAAACGAAAGAUGUCCCACGCUGAUACCACCACAGCUCAAGAAACGAGCAUUAGUAAGAGUGAAUUCUUGAGAUUGGCUCGAGAAUUGCGUUUCACGGUGGAUGAUAGGGAACAUGUGGCUCAUCAGAAGGGAGAACUCCAUGGCUCCUUUGGGUGGCAUUACAGUGGAAAAUCAAAUAUUGUGUUGGAUCGUUAUAAUGUUCCUGUAACUAUUACUUUGAAUGUGGUCGUGAAUAAGAGUGGAAGAAAGAAGGAGGAGUAA